CUCAUUUCCCUCUAGUAACUUAAAAAAUGAAUUGACUUCAAUGGAAGGAGAAUCAUUUCCACCGUGAGGAGCGUCUCUACACACCACAUUUCCAUGACUAAAGUUGGACUGAUGUAGAGGCAGCUUCAUCCGGAUGGUUUGUAUUUCCUUCCACAUCUAUGAAGGGUUUAGUUGACAUCGGCAGACAGAGAAAACUCCUUAUCCUGUGCCUAUUUAUCGGGAACGUUGCAGCUGAUUGUCCCAUACCUGAUCAUGGAGAGUUCACAGUUCUCACAGAGGAAUCCCUUCUAAAACAGCAUUUCCCUGAUGGUACUGUGAUCACACAUGAGUGCAGACUUGGAUAUGAGAAAGUAAGUGGCACUGGGAAGAUGACUUGCGUCAAUGGGAAGUGGAAAGAGCCAGACAUCAAGUGCAGGCGGAAAGACUGUGGUCCCCCUGUACCACAACGACGUGAUCCAAGGCAACGCCCGCUUUCCAGCCAUGCUCAACCCACCUCCGCCCCUUCUCCACCUCAAAGCCUCCGACUCCUUCAGGCUUCCAUCAUUUCCAUCCUUUCCAUCCGACCUCCCGCAGCAGAUUACACGGUCAUGGGAUGGAACUACAGAAUGUGCUUAGGCACACGGUGGGUUGGACAUGGAAAUUGUUCCAUUGUUAAUUGUUCCAAACCAACCAAAGUGGAAAAUGGCGAACAUACAUGGAGAACGCGCAAGGCACCACAUUAUAAUCAAACGAUACAUUUCUCGUGUCACAAAGGAUACACCCUGAUUGGGAAUAAAACCAUUAGGUGUACUCAUACUGGCAGAUAUGAUUCUAAGCAACCACAAUGCAUCGGUACCGAGCUCAGAUAUGAGUGCAUAAUUGGAUAUAAGAAUGUAAAUGGAACUGGGAUCAUGACGUGCGAUGAUGGGAACUGGACCAAGCCAGAUAUCAUCUGCCGCAAGAAAGACUGUGGUCACCUUGAAGCACAGCCACAUAUGUUAUAUGACACCAGCCAGGGGACUCUAUUUGGUGCAGCGGUUUAUGUAUCUUGUGUAAAAGGUUUCCGGCUCAUUGGAUCGCGCGUCAAACAUUGCGUUGACACAGGAUGGUUUGGAACUGCAAAUUGUGUAGUUGUUAGUUGUCCCAAACCGACCAGAGUGGAAAAUGGCAUACAUUCUUGGAAUAAUGUCCGUAAACCAGAAUAUCAACAAACUAUACAUUUCGCAUGUAAAAAAGGAUACAGCUUGGUUGGGAAUAAAACCAUUAGGUGUACUGAAACUGGUGGAUAUGAUUCUGAGCCACCACGAUGUGUCCUUGUUACUUGUCCCAAACCGACCAGAGUGGAAAAUGGCAGACAUUCUUGGAAUAAUGUCCGUAAACCAGAAUAUCGACAAACCAUACAUUUCACAUGUAACACAGGAUACAACUUGGUUGGGAAUAAAAUCAUUAGGUGUACUGAAACUGGUGAAUAUGAUUCUCAGCCACCACGAUGUGUCUUUGUCACUUGUCCCAAACCGACCAGAGUGGAAAAUGGCAAACAUUCUUGGAAUAGUGAUCUUGAACCAGAAUAUCGACAAACUAUACGUUUCACAUGUAACACAGGAUACAACUUGGUUGGGAAUGAAAUCAUUAGGUGUACUGAAACUGGUCAAUAUGAUUCUCAGCCACCACGAUGUGUCAUUGUCACUUGUCCCAAACCGACCAGAGUGGAAAAUGGCAAACAUUCCUGGAAUAAUGAUCUUGAACCAGAAUAUCGACAAACUAUACGUUUCACAUGUAACACAGGAUACAACUUGGUUGGGAAUGAAACCAUUAGGUGUACUGUAACUGGUGGAUAUGAUUCUCAGCCACCACGAUGUGUCGUUGUUACUUGUCCCAAACCGACCAGAGUGGAAAAUGGCAGACAUUCUUGGAAUAAUGUCCGUAAACCAGAAUAUCGACAAACCAUACAUUUCACAUGUAACACAGGAUACAACUUGGUUGGGAAUGAAAUCAUUAGGUGUACUGAAACUGGUGAAUAUGAUUCUCAGCCACCACGAUGUGUCAUUGUCACUUGUCCCAAACCGACCAGAGUGGAAAAUGGCAAACAUUCUUGGAAUAAUGAUCUUGAACCAGAAUAUCGACAAACUAUACGUUUCACAUGUAACACAGGAUACAACUUGUUUGGGAAUGAAACCAUUAGGUGUACUGAAACUGGUGGAUAUGAUUCUCAGCCACCACGAUGUGUCGCUGACUGUUCCAAACCUCAACAUGUAGAGAACACAGUUCUCUCUGCAGAGUCCCUCCUAAAAAAGAUUUUUCCAAGUGGUACUGUGAUCAAAUAUAUAUGCAUAAUUGGAUCUGAUAAAAUAAGUGGCACUGGGAUCAUUAGAUGUGUCAAUGGGAAGUGGACCAAGCCAGAUAUCAUCUGCAAACUUGUCACUUGUCCCAAACCGACCAGAGUGGAAAAUGGCAGACAUUCUUGGAAUAAUGAUCUUGAACCAGAAUAUCGACAAACUAUACGUUUCACAUGUAACACAGGAUACACCUUGGUUGGGAAUGAAACCAUUAGGUGUACUGUAACUGGUGGAUAUGAUUCUCAGCCACCACGAUGUGUCGGUGACUGUCCCAAACCUCAACAUGUACAGAACACUGUUCUCUCUGCUGAGUCCCUCCGAAAAAGCAUUUUUCCAAUUGGUACUGUGAUCAAAUAUCAGUGCAUAGAUGGGAGUGAUCAAAUAAGUGGUACUGGAAUCAAUAGAUGUGUCAAUGGGAAGUGGACCAAGCCAGAUAUCAUCUGCAAGCGGUCAGACUGUGGUGUCCCAGAAGCAAAACCGCACAUGUCAUUUGAUACCAGCCACGGUACUAUAAUUGGUGCAGUGGCUACAGUAAUCUGUGAAGAAGGCUACCGGGUCAGUGGAUCAAGGUCCAAACAGUGCGUGGACGAAGGAUGGUUUGGAAUCGCAGACUGUAUCCCUGUUUCUUGUUCCAAACCGAUCAAAGUGGAAAAUGGUGAACAUUCUUGGAAUAGUGACCGUGAACCAGAAUAUAGAGAUACUAUACAUUUCACAUGUGACGCAGGAUACACCUUGUUUGGGAAUGAAACCAUUACGUGUACUGAAAGUGCUGAAUAUGAUUCUGAGCCACCACGAUGUGUCCGUAAUUGCCCCAUACCUAAAAGUGUGGAGAACAUGGUUCUCACGAAUGAAUCCCUCCUAAGAGAGGAUUUCCCAGAUGGUACCAAAGUCACCUAUGAGUGUGCCAAUGGAUUUGAAAAAGAAAGUGGCUCUGAGAUCAUAACCUGCAUUGAUGGGACUUGGACUGAGCCAGAUCUAAUCUGCAAGAAAAUUGAACCUCCUUUAAACCUACUGUUGAUAGGCGUGGCAGUUGGCUGUUCACUUGCACUUCUUUUCUGCAUCUUUUGGUUUGGAGGCGAUGCUCAGAUGACUCUGAAGGAUAGUAAACACUGGAGAUAUUUCAGUUCCGAAGUCUUUAAGUAUCCUUCUUCAUUCAGUUGGAAGUGGACCCAGCUGUUGGGACAUCUACUACAGAUGAAGGACUGCCGAACUCUGAGCGCCUUACCAAUUCUUGGAUAAAACAAGCAGGCUCCCUUGUAUAAGUUUUGAAGUGAAAACUUCAAAACUUCAAAACUAAACAUCAUGAAGGCUAUUGUAUUGUUUCAUAGUUUCAUUUUUAUAUGCACGUUUUCUUAACAGUUUCAUUGGCUGUAGUGGCCUUUAGGUGAGAUCAGUU